GCGCACAUUUUAAAUUCCUUUCAACUGACAACAACGAUGGACGAGAGCUUGCGCUGCAAGUAUACAUACAAGCCGUGCUUGAACCCACGUACGACCAAGAAGAACGGCGACCUCCACAUGCUCUGCGACUACCACCGCGACAAGGCCAACCAAGUCCAGAAAACACAUGCAAUCAAGCGCAAGCUGCGGCGUGCCCUCGAGAAUGCGUCGCCGCCGCUGGCGCCGGCACCAACGAGCUUGCCAAUGGAUGCAAUUGAGUUGGCCUAUCUCGAAGCCAUCCUGAACGCACACGAGGGACCGUCGACAAGCACAACGUCAUCGACAUCGACGACACACUUGACGGACGAAGAAUACGCGAUUCUAUUCGAACUAUUUUAAAUUAUAAGCAAAUCUAAAUCCC